AUGCGUGUUACUGGGCAUAAAUCUGAGAGCAGCAUUCGCUCGUAUUCCAGACGACUCUCAGAGGUAAAACAAAAACAAAUUUCACACUCGCUCAGUAGUGCUUGCUUUAAUAGUACGAAUGCCAGUAGUUCUAGUGAAAUUGUGUCAGUAAACGAAGCAGAAGAAAUAGUUUGUACUGAGUCUGAAACUACAAAUUGCCCACAGUCACCUGUAUUGACUCAGAAUUUUGCCUCUCACAGCCAAGAAACUGUCAAUUUUCAUUCUGGAGCUUUUGCCGGGGCAAAUGUGACCAUUAUCUUUUACAAAAAGUGA